AUGAACUUUUUUAGAUUAAUAGCCGAUUUACUACAUUUAGCUUCAUUCUUAAUCCUUAUUUUUAAAAUACGUAGUACCAAAAAUGUAUUAGGUAUUUCUUACAAAUCUCAAGAAAUUUAUUUGGCUGUAUUUAUAUUAAGAUAUUGGGAUUUAUUCCUUUAUUUUGUUUCUUAUUAUAAUGUUAUAAUGAAAAUACUUUACAUUUCAUUAACAGCUUAUUUAAUUUACUUAAUCAGAGUUAAAAAGCCAUACUGUUUAAGUUUUGAUCAUGUUAAUGAUGAUUUUCCUCAUUUAAAGUUUAUAUAUCCUGGAGCGGCUUUAUUAACUUUAUUUAUUCACACAGAAUUUUCAUUAUUUGAAUUAAGUUGGUCAUAUUCGAUUUGGCUAGAAUCAUUGGCUAUUAUUCCUUAAUUAUAUAUGAUAUAAAGAAGCAAAGAGUGUGAAAAUAUAACUGGCCAUUAUAUGGCGGCUUUAGGAUUUUACAGAUUUUUCUAUAUUAUUAAUUGGAUAUAUAGAUAUAUGACUGCCGGAAGCUUUUCUUGGGUUUCAUGUUUAGGAGGAAUUUUAUAAACAGCACUUUAUUCUGAUUUUCUAUAUAUUUACAUAAAGAGCAACAAAUCAUAAAAAACUUUCUCUUUACCUGUAUGA